AUGGAAAUGGUGCCUAGCGAAGAGAACCAGUUCCUACCCAAAGAGAUCCAAAAUGCAGCUGAGGAGCCCAGGGUGCUGUGUAUAAUUCAGGACACCACCAGUGCAAAGACAGUCAAUGAGAGGCUGACCCUCAACCUGCCUGCUUCCACCACCCUCUCCAAACUUUAUGAAGAUGUUGCCCAUAAAGCGAGAUACGUGAAUGGCACGUUUGACCUGGCCUGGGGAAAUACGCCAGACAUGGCACCGCUGGACCACAGCAGUGAGAUGUCCCUCUCAGAUUCUGGGUUUGAGCCUGGUGGUAAGAGGAAUUUCCUCCACCUUACAGACAAAGAUGGAGAGCAGCCCCAGAUGGCAUCGGAUGAGUCAGGAACAGCAGAUAGCAGUGGACUGGAUGACAGUUCCCAGGAGCGGUUUAUUGGGCCACUACCAAGAGACGGCACUGCAGGCUGCAGUGGUGACUACAGCAGUCCAUCUUACUCCUACUCAUCCAUCCUUAACAAAUCUGAGACGGGUUAUGUGGGCCUAGUCAACCAAGCCAUGACCUGCUAUUUGAACAGUCUUCUACAGACGCUGUUCAUGACCCCGGAGUUCAGGAAUGCUCUUUACAACUGGGAGUUUGAGGAGUCUGAGGAGGAGCCAGUCACCAGUAUCCCCUACCAGCUGCAAAGGCUGUUUGUUCUGCUGCAGACUAGCAAGAAACGGGCAAUUGAGACCACUGAUGUGACGCGGAGCUUUGGCUGGGACAGCAGUGAGGCUUGGCAGCAGCAUGACGUCCAGGAGCUGUGCAGGGUCAUGUUUGAUGCCCUGGAGCAAAAGUGGAAGCAGACGGAGCAGGCUGACCUGAUCAACCAGUUGUACCAGGGGAAGCUGAAGGAUUACGUCCGUUGUCUGGAGUGUGGCUAUGAGAGCUGGAGGAUCGAUACUUACCUGGACAUCCCUCUUGUGAUCAGACCCUUCGGAGCCAGCCAGGCAUAUGGCAGUGUGGAAGAGGCUUUGCAGGCUUUUAUCCAACCAGAAACUCUGGAUGGACCCAACCAGUACUUCUGUGAGCGCUGCAAAAAGAAAUGUGACGCCCGGAAGGGGCUGAGAUUUCUGCACUUUCCCUACCUGCUGACACUACAGCUGAAGCGGUUUGAUUUUGACUACACCACUAUGCAUCGCAUCAAGCUUAAUGACCGCAUGACUUUCCCAGAGGAGCUUGACAUGAGUCCAUUCAUUGAUGUGGAAGAUGAGAAGUCUCCUCAGACAGAGAGCUGCACUGACAGUGGAGCAGAGAAUGAAGGCAGUUGUCACAGUGAUCAGAUGAGCAACGAUUUUUCCACCGAUGAUUGUGUGGACGAGGGCAUCUGCUUGGACAGCACCAGCAGCACAGAGAGGGUGUUGAAGCCAAAGAGUUUGCUGACCUUUGAGCUUUUCUCCGUCAUGGUCCAUUCUGGGAGUGCUGCAGGUGGCCACUACUACGCCUGCAUCAAAUCCUUCAGUGAUGGCCAGUGGUACAGUUUCAACGAUCAACACGUCAGCAAGAUCACCCAAGAUGAUAUCAGGAAGACGUACGGAGGGUCCUCAGGGAGCAGAGGCUAUUAUUCUAGUGCCUUUGCGAGCUCUACAAAUGCAUAUAUGCUGAUUUAUAGAUUGAAAGAUCCCUCAAGGAAUGCAAAGUACUUAGCUGCAGAAGACUUCCCGGAGCACAUAAAGACUUUGGUUCAGAAGGAGAAGGAAUCUGAAGAGCAGGAGAAGCGACAAAGAGAGAUUGAGCGCAACACUUGCAAAAUAAAGCUUUUCUGCAUGCACCCUGUAAAGAUGAUGAUGGAGAGCAAGCUGGAAGUACACAAGGACAAAACUCUCAGAGAAGCAACAGAGAUGGCCUACAAGCUGAUGGAGCUGGAGGGAGUGGUCUCUCUGGACUGCUGCCGCUUGGUAAAGUACGAUGAGUUCCACGAGUACCUGGAGCGCUCCUACGAAGGUGAGGAGGACACACCGAUGGGCCUGCUGUUGGGAGGAGUCAAGUCCUCUUAUAUGUUCGACUUGCUGCUCGAGACCCGCAGACCAGAGCAAGUGUUCCAACCUUAUAAACCUGGAGAGGUGAUGGUGAAGGUUCAUGUUGUGGAUCUGAAGAGUGAGAUCAUCGCGUCUCCAAUCAGCAUUCGAGCGUACUUGAACCAGACGAUCACUGAAUUCAAACAGCUCAUUGCACAGGCUACAGGGCUAUCUGCAGAAACCAUGCGUGUGGUCCUGGAGCGCUGCUAUAAUGACCUCCGGCUCCUGUACGUUUCAAACAAGACGCUGAAAGCUGAGGGGUUCUUCAGGAGCAACAAGGUUUUUGUAGAGAGCUCUGAGUCGACGGAUCAUCAGGUUGCUUUCACUGACUCACUAUUGUGGAAACUGUUGGAUCGUCACGGGAAUACGAUCCGCCUCAUGGUCUUACUGCCUGAGCAGUCUCCCGGUACUUUGGCCAACAGAACUGUUUGCCAAAAAGUAAACAGUGACUCCGACGUGCCCUUUGAGGGGUCAAAGGGUAACCGGAAAUCUGUAGAAGCUAUCCUUGAGGAGAGCACCGAAAAGUUAAAGAAUCUGUCUCUGCAGCAGCACCAGCAGGACUCCGGCACCAGCGACAGCCAGAAAAGCUCCGACACCAGCGACUUUGAACAUAUCGAAUCCCCGACUCAAGAGGCUGACUCAAACUCUUCACUCUGUGUGGCUGCAGACAAUAGAGAGUUAGAGAACCGGAACAGGUCCGCGGCCGGCAGUGGUGCCUCCUCUGACCCUGAGAACCACUUUGUCUGUGAGGAGCGCUCGGACUCUGAGGUGAACAAUGACCGCAGCACCAGUUCAGUAGACAGCGACAUCCUGAGCUCCAGCCACAGUAGUGACACACUGUGCAACGCAGACAGCGGGCCCAUACAGCUGGCCAACGGCUUGGACUCGCACAGCAUCACAAGUAGUCGUCGCUCCAAAGCCCAUGAGGAAAAAGAGACGUGGGACACUGCUGAAGAAGACUCUGGAACAGACAGCGAAUACGAUGACAACGGGAAGAACAAAGCAGAGGCUCAGUUCCUGUACUUCAGAGCCGAGCCUUGUUCUCAGGAUGACUCCUCGUGCGAUGCACAAAAAUGUUUAGUGGUUCAUGUGGACAAGAGAAUAACAUUAGCAGCGUUUAAACAGAACCUGGAGCCCUAUGUGGGAGUCACCUCCACCCAGUUCAAGGUGUUUCGGGUGUAUGCCAACAACCAGGAGUUUGAGAGUGUACGGCUCAGUGAAACACUCUCAUCGUUCUCUGAUGAUAACAAGAUAACGAUUCGACUAGGAAGAGCGCUGAAAAAGGGUGAAUACAGAGUGAAAGUUUAUCAGCUACUAGUGAAUGAAUCAGAGCCCUGCAAGUUCCUUGUGGACACAGUGUUUGCCAAGGGCAUGACUGUCAGACAGUCUAAAGAGGAGCUGCUCCCUCAGUUGAAAGAGCAGUGCAAGCUUGACCUCAGCAUUGACAGGGUUCGUCUCAGGAAAAAGACGUGGAAGAACCCGGGCACGGUGUUUCUGGAUUACCAUGUCUAUGAAGAAGACAUCAGCAUCUCCUCCAACUGGGAAGUUUUCUUGGAAGUUCUCAGUGAACCGGAGAAGAUGAAGUCCAUGUCGCAGCUGGCUGUUCUGACCCGGAGAUGGAGCCCCGCUACAAUGAAGCUGGGGCCCUUCCAGGAAGUGAUUCUGGAGAGCAGCAGUGUGGAAGAACUCAAGGAGAAGCUUAGUGAAAUCAGCGAUAUUCCUCUUGAAAAUCUGGAGUUUGCAAAGGGUAGAGGAACAUUUCCUUGUGAUAUUUCUGUGUUGGAGAUCCAUCAGGAUUUGGACUGGAACCCUAAGGUGUCAACUCUGAACGUGUGGCCUCUGUACAUCUGUGACGAUGGAGCCGUGGUCUUCUACAGGUAAAAGAGUUCAAGACCAUUACAGACCACUUAAAAGU